CAACAAAAAUUACAAGUUUUCAGGAAAUCUGAAGAUCAGAUAGCAGCAAUAUAUAGUUUUUUAGGCACGAUAAAAUGGCAAAAUUUUGGCUUACUACUCUUGUUUGUGCCUUUGCAUUAUUCACACUUAUCACUGAUGUAGUUGCGGACUCAUAUGACUACAAAUCUCCAUACUACUCGCCGCCACCAUACAAAUAUGAGUCUCCACCCUAUAAGUCUCCCUCAUAUUCGACCUACAAGUCCCCUGAACCAUAUUAUAACUCUCCACCACCUUACAAGUCUCCCUCAUAUAAGGCCUACAAGUCUCCUGAACCAUACUAUUAUGAUUCUUACUCACCCUCGUACCCAGCCUACAAGUCCCCCGAACCAUAUUAUAACUCUCCACCACACUACGAGUCUCCUUCAUACCCGGCCUACAAAUCCCCUCCAUACUAUAAGUCUCCACCACCCUACAAGUCCCCCGAACCAUAUUAUAACUCUCCACCACACUACGAGUCUCCUUCAUACCCGGCCUACAAAUCCCCUUCAUACUAUAAGUCUCCACCACCCUACAAGUCCCCCGAACCAUAUUAUAACUCUCCACCACACUACGAGUCUCCUUCAUACCCGGCCUACAAAUCCCCUUCAUACUAUAAGUCUCCACCACCCUACAAGUCCCCCGAACCAUAUUGUAACUCUCCACCACACUACGAGUCUCCUUCAUACCCGGCCUACAAAUCCCCUUCAUACUAUAAGUCUCCACCACCCUACAAGUCCCCCGAACCAUAUUAUAACUCUCCACCACACUACGAGUCUCCUUCAUACCCGUCCUACAAAUCCCCUUCAUACUAUAAGUCUCCACCACCCUACAAGUCCCCCGAAUCAUAUUAUAACUCUCCACCACACUACGAGUCUCCUUCAUACUCGGCCUACAAAUCUCCUUCAUACUAUAAGUCUCCACCACCCUACAAAUAUGACUCAUACAAGUCCCCUUCAUACUCUUACGAAUCUCCACCUCAAUACUGAAAUUCUACAUCAUCUUAUUAUCAUGACUCAUUCAUGACUCCUAUUCACCGUAUCUAGCUCGUACACCAUCCUAGUUUCAAUCUCUUUUAUACUAUAUGUCACAUCCCUAUUACAAAUUAUAUAAUAUAUAUUUAAAUAAAACUCAAGGUUAUAACCUAUGUUUUACUGCUUGGCUUUGAGAAUUGAUGUAAUAAAUGUAUAUGUUCAGUCGUUGCAAUAUGUAUUUAUAUAUACAAGCAAAUUUAAUUAUGAAUAUGAACUUUUAUAUUAUA